AUGUUCUUCCAACCGAUACCAGCUAAAGAUAAAAUCACUUUCACGAGUAAAGAAGGUAAAAAGGAAACUGGUAACAAAAUCAGGUUCAGAAAUGGUUUCUGUCACGACGUUUUAACAUCGGUUGAAAUUCAAGAAAUAGUUAAAGCCGGUGGACGAAUUAUUAGAAUAUUAGAUGGUAUAGUAUACGAAGAAAAUUUUAAAACUCCAUCAUAUAGAGAUUAUAUUUUAAUUUUGAGAGAUCUAAGAAAUAAAUAUAAACGAGAAGGUAUGGAGACACAGGAUAGUGAAAGCCUCCAUGAAGGAGCUGUGAACAGUAAUAGUUCCAGUUCAGAACUUAAGUUGCAUACAGAGAAUUUCGAAAAGGUUUUGAAGUCUAUGUCGAAAGAUAUACAGUAUAGUAUGCUUACUGAUGACGGUUACGACCACAUCUUUGACCUGUAUAAAAAAUGGUUAGAAGUUUUAGAGAGCGGUGUUGUUGGUGACCAAAAUGAUUUAUCAUCUCGACCUUAUGAGAAUUCAGAUACCAGGAGCCAAACUGAAGAGAUUGAAAACACACAGUUGUCUGAAUUAUUCAAGCAUGAUAUUGAAGACGGACAUAUUUUUCCGUUGUACGACGCAUUAAACCUUGAUCUUCCAAUUCCUAUGGAACAAAAUGAUCCCACUACAACUACUGCUGAUGAAGAAGUUCAUCUUCAAGAUGUCACGGUUCAAGAUGUUGAUAUGGGUAACUACUCGUCAGAUACAGACGAAAUUGAAAUAUUGACGAUGAAUAAUGAGAGAUUCACAGGAGGACAAGAUUGUUGA